AUGUCGUCUAUUAAAAAUGCAACGGGAGUCAGACACAAUGCUUUUCGCUUAAAUGCACAUAAAAAGCUGAUUUAUAAUCGAAUGAGAAGAUUCAAUUGGCCUCCUCAAGAAUGUUCAGCUAUACAUCCGAUUGAGCCUUAUGGAAAACAAUUCUUCGUCUUUAAUGCAUACAAGAGGGACACAAAAUUUGACAAUGAAAUUUCAAACACUAUCAAGCCACUGCUAAAUCCAAAUAAUGAAAAAAUUCCUUCAGAGACUGUUCUCUGUGUCUGUGAUUUUGCCAAGAGGCCAUUAAUGUUCUUAAAUUAUUUAGACUUCAAGAUAUUGGAAGCUAAUAUGGAUAAAAUUAAGGAUGGAUUUAAGAAAAUUGAAGAAAAAUUAGACAAGAAUGAUUACUUAGAUACAAAAUUUUCAUUGAUGCUAAAAUACAAUUUAAACAAGUCCUAUGGUAUGCAGAGAGUUAAAAAAGGGGAACACAAUUCUUGGGGAAUGAAAAAAGGUGUGUUUCGAAACAAGAAAACAUAA